UCCUCGGCAGAGCUGCCGGGCCCAGCCGCCUCCCCGCCACCGGACUGCUGACGGCGGAGGGGGGUGCUCGUUUGUUUGUUCCCUCCCCCACCCCCCAUAGGAAAAGGAGGGGGAAAAAGGAAGAAGUGAAGAGAUCCCCGCCGCUUGCAAAAGUCUUUGUCUCCGGAUGAACAGCGAUGGGGGAAUGGACUAUUCUAGAGAGGCUACUGGAAGCUGCCGUGCAGCAGCACUCUACUAUGAUAGGGAGGAUCCUGCUGACCGUGGUGGUGAUCUUCAGGAUACUCAUUGUGGCCAUUGUAGGGGAGACGGUGUACGAUGACGAGCAAACUAUGUUUGUGUGUAACACGCUGCAGCCAGGCUGCAAUCAGGCUUGUUACGACCAGGCUUUCCCUAUUUCUCAUAUAAGGUACUGGGUGUUCCAGAUCAUCAUGGUGUGCACUCCCAGCCUCUGCUUCAUAACGUAUUCUGUUCACCAGUCUGCUAAGCAGAGGGAACGGAGGUACUCCACUGUCUUCCUCACCCUGGAGAGGGACCAGGACUCAAUGAAGCGUGAGGACAGUAAGAAAAUCAAGAACACCAUUGUCAACGGGGUGCUGCAGAACACCGAGAACUCCACCAAAGAGGCAGAACCAGACUGCUUAGAAGUGAAGGAAAUCCCCAAUCCUGCUAUCAGAACUACAAAGUCAAAGAUGAGGAGGCAAGAAGGCAUUUCUCGAUUUUAUAUCAUCCAAGUUGUCUUUCGAAAUGCGCUAGAGAUUGGAUUCUUAGUGGGACAGUAUUUUCUGUAUGGAUUCAAUGUCCCUUCCAUGUAUGAAUGUGACAGAUACCCUUGCAUUAAAGAAGUAGAGUGCUAUGUCUCUAGACCCACUGAGAAGACUGUAUUCUUGGUAUUCAUGUUUGCUGUCAGUGGGAUUUGUGUGGUGCUCAAUUUGGCAGAACUGAACCACUUGGGCUGGAGAAAGAUCAAAAUGGCAGUGAGAGGAGUACAGGCAAAAAGGAAAUCCAUAUACGAAAUCAGAAAUAAGGACCUGCCAAGAAUGAGCAUGCCUAACUUUGGCAGGACUCAGUCAAGUGACUCAGCUUAUGUGUGAGGCUGUGACAGAACUGAAGCACUGUGCCAGGUGGAACAGACCCAGACACCAUUAGAGAAAGGUACAUUGCUUAGGCAAGCAUUUUAUCAAACCACCAAGAAAGCCAUUAAGGUAUUGGAUCUGCACUUACUGAACUAGAUGCAAAAUGCAGUGCUAUGUAAAAGACUGAAAAAACACCUAUAAAACCAUGCUUGAUCUAGCCUUACAGCACAGUUACUAUUCUUAUUCUUUUUCUUUCUAAUGAUUGGGUGUUAUCUUUCGAUGGAGCAGCUUUUUGGUUAUCAUUAGGAUGAGACUACAGUUUGGAUUGUCUGACUAAUUGUUGUAAACGUGUAGAAUGUUCUUAUUAAAAAUCUGCAAGGAUACUCUAUAUGGGGUGGGGUGGGGUGGGGGAAACUGUUGCAAUGUGCAAAUGUAAGCAUGUUUUAAAAGGAGGGUAAUUGCACUGUUAGGAACCUGACCACAGCUUGAUCAGGACAUCUGUGCACACCUAUUUCAUAGAUGUCUGCUAUUAUUUUCUUUGUCCAGAUCACAGCAUUUUUUCCUGGUGUGUAUUACUAGCUAUUUUCUAACAUAGUUUGUACAACAAUUAGUUAUGCUAAACAAUAAAUGCAGAAUAUAAUUUUGCCAUUUUUUUGUUUGCCUGCCCACACAUACACCAGAGACCUUAAUCAUCUUACACUAGUCGUGACCUACAAAAUAUGUCCAUAUAUUUCAGUUUAUUCCCUAAUAUGUGCAUAAAUAAGACGGAGCUGGUUCACAUCAGCGAAGUUAUGUAUUUACCUACGAUUACCUAUGAUGACACACAUACCAAAGGAACAGAGUUCAUUGCUUUUAACUGUGAAUAUAUCACCUUCUCUCUGCUCUUAUUUAUAUAAGUGCCAUACUUGAAACAUCUAACUCUGUACUUAGUCAAAAGGUUGUCUUGGGAUACCAGCUGGAAUAAAGUGAUUUUAUACUGUCCUUUGUUUAUUUUAUGCUAUUUGUUCAGUCAUUGCAAAGCUGUAAAAAGCAGCUAAAAUCUCUAUUGAUAAAUAAAGUUCUUGCCUUUUUUUGUAA